AGGCUACAGUAAGCACUAGCCAACAGGAGUCAUCAUGUCAUGGAAAUUCCCUCGAUGGUUAAGUCUAAGGAUCGGGCCUGUCUUGUUUCUGUUUAACCUGCUGGUCUACAGUUUGGAAGAUAUUUCUCUAGGCAGUUCUGUUUUUAUUUCCGAGUUGUGAAAAGGGUCGACACGCCAUUAUGUGGGCGACUUUUUUCCGCGUAGCCUAAGUGAUGUUGCGUGUCUUGCUGAGUUUGUGUCUUUCGUGUGCGUAUUUGCACGUUUUUGUUUGGACUAGGCUGCCACGCGCACCGGCUCUGCUGCACGACUGCUGUGGCGGUAAAUAGCGGACGGAGGAAGUGUGUCGUUCAGGGAAUUCAGGACAGGGAUUUCCUGCUAGUUCACCAGAAACAGGUCUUGGCAAGAGGUGGAUUUCCCUGUGAGUAGUGUGUGUACACAGUUCACUUGUGUUUCGCUCGCAGGAUAUUGCGUUCUCUGUGUUGGGUAAAAACACAAGAAAACCUAACUGCUUUCACUUGAAGUAAUUCCACUUUCGCAUCUCGACAAGGUCCGUGUUGUUUCAGAGGAAAACCCGCUCGCGUGGUGACGAUCAAUCAGGGCAACUCCUGACAUUUUCAUUGCUGACUUCAGGAUCGACCAGAUCAGCCUUCAGAUCGCAUCUUUGCCAUUUACGUGGAGCGGGCGCGCGCGCUCAGUCAUCCAAAGAUAACUGUACCUGGGAGAACGCAACACCAGAUGAGCUAACGGCGAAAUGCGCAGAAGCCCUCGAGCUGAUAGGACCAGCGGCUCCGACGCGGGAGGCUACUGGGCGACCUCCCACCCUGGAUCACCGGUGUGUGUUAUGGCAUGGCGAUGGAUGUGUGUGUGUGUGGGACUGCUGCUGCUGCUGGUUGACCAUCCCAACACUAAAGGAGAAGCUGCCCCCACCUUUCAACCUGCCACCAUCAGUGCCAGCACACACACACCAGAGACUGAUGAAGACUACUACACCUCUGUGGGUCAUGUGAUUGCUCUUCCUUGCGAUGACGCUGAUGGAAGUCAGAAUGUCACCUGGAGACGAGAGGCUCCGCCCUUGGAUACGGCCGUUGCCGGGGUGAAGGUGAGGGGCGGAGCUCUGUGGUUCCUACCUGCUGACUCCUCCCACAGCGGCAUCUACGUGUGUGAGAGGAGUGAUGCUGAACCGUGGCGUGUGAGCUUGCGAGUGGGCAGUGGCCACAGGGGACUAGUAUACCUGAAGCUGAAUCAGUUUCAAAGACUGGACUGCGGACAAGACCACAUCUUCAGAUACGGCGCUAACCUACUCAUCACCUGGCUAAAGGACUGUACACCUUUGAACAGGUCUGAGAGGAUCCUGAAGUUCCCUCGGGUGUCGAUUGAUGACAAAGGGAACUACACCUGCCUGCUCCACUUCAGCCUGGAGGAACACAACUACAUCUCCGCCAGCGCCACCCAGGUCUCCAUCGAGGUUGCUGAACAGCUCAGUAAGCCGCAGGUGAUCCUGCCUGGUAAUGAGACACGAGUGGUGGAGCUAGGGUCCCGUCUUGAGCUGACUUGUGUGGCAUCUACUGGAGGUGACAUUCUGUUGGUGUCCUGGAGGAUGAACGACUCACUAAUCAUCAACCACACACUCUUCACCAUCACUGAGCGAAUGGUUGAGUCCAGGGUUGUGAAGACUCUGAUCAUCUCUGAGGUCCGUGAGGAGCAUCUCAACAUUCCGUUCCAAUGUUGGGCCAUAAACAGCCUGGGCCAAGACUUCAGACAGAUCAUUCUCCAAGCAGCCAAUCAGGAGCUGUUUUACUGCGUGGUGGGCCUGGUGGUGGCCUGUGGGCUGCUGCUGGUGUGUGUGUGUCUCUGCUGGCGCUGCCGAGUGGAACUGGUGCUGUUAUAUCGCUCACUCUGCCCCCUGCACAAGCAAUACGGGUUCUCCCCGAGGUUCUGGAGCGUAACUAUGGUUACAAACUCUUCAUCAGAGGCAGAGAUGACCUCCCAGGUGAAGAUAUACCAUAUUUGAAGCUGUGUUUGACGGCAUCGAUAAAGCUCUGGCGAAGAGUCGUCGACUCCUCAUCGUGCUGGAUGGAACAAAGAUGGACACACACACGCAGAUACACACACCUGCACACAUGGACACACACACACAGAC